GAUCCGGUAUACGCAGAUCGGUCGAUCCGUUCAUAAGAUCGGUCGAUCUUAAGAGUACGGAUCGGUCGAUCUCAGGUAAGUCUUGCCCGGUUUGAUUUCACUCAAUUUAAACCGGAAAACACCCACAAAAGAUCCCACUCGCGAAAAUCAGAUCAAAACACUCAUAAUUUCAUCUUCCUCUCCUCUCAAACUCUCUCAAACCUCUAAAGAACAUGCAAAUCGAUUUUCAUCAUAUCUCAACCGAUUUUUGUAAUUCUUGGUGCUAAACUCAUUAGUUUUUCAAGCUCUAUCCAUUUCUACCAUCAGUUUUCAUCAAGACACAGAUAAUGCCUAAGAGACAGAAGAAGCAGAGUGAGCGUGGGGAUUCCUCGGUACAGACUGCUAGGCUCAGCACAAAGGGCAAGUUCCGAAAGACGGAUAGGUCUCAUCCUGCGAAUCGAGAGAUAACCCAGCAGUGGGAUAUACAUGAUGAUGAUUUCUAUGAGCAGAUGAGGGGAGUGGAAAUAUGUCCGUCGCGCUUCGCUCACAGAGACACUACAGAUGCAUUGGGGAUAACCGAGGAUAUUGAAGCCUUGUUCGAGAAGAUUGGCCUGGGAUACAUCUUCGAUCUUCACUGUGAUUGCUAUGCUGACUUGACCAGGCAGUUCCUCGCAUCAGCCCGCCUCUACCAUCCUGACGAGGACAACCCAGUUGCUGAUAAGGCGAUGUUCUCCUUCAUUGUGAACAGGCAGUUCCACUCCAUGACCAUCUUUCAGCUGUGCGACGUCUUUGGGUUCGGGAAAGGACGUCAAUCUUGUGUUCCUGACUUCCCGGAACACAAUGAUUUCUGGACAUUCAUCGCUUCAGGAAACUUCAUCUCUCGAGAGGCCAAGCAAGCGAGAAUACGUAGCCCUGUUCUGCGAUAUGCAGUGAGAGUGAUCAGCAGUGUUAUCUAUGGGAAGACGGAACCCGCUGCAGUGACAAAAGAUGAGCUAGCUCUUCUGUUCAUCGGGGCUGGACACCUAUGGCCUCAAGGCGCGGACAUUACCUAUGUUAGCGGGAAGGACAUAAACAUAGGAGCUGUGAUCGCGGAGAAGCUUGCGUACUUCAAAGUUUCAGAUACGAAGAGAUGUGGGUUUGGAGCGGUUAUCACACAGAUCUUAAGGCAUUGUGGAGUGUUUCUUCCACCUGUUGACAGAGUGGUGGAUAAGAAGGGGAUGUAUCAGAACUUUUUCGACAUGAGAGCACUCAUUAGCAGCCACUACCUCACCGGCCCUUGGCGAGGAAGCAUCGACAAGUCCGCCCCUCAUAUCUACCAGUUCCAGAACCAACAAGGGAGGAGCAAUUUACCCGCGACACUGAAGAAGAAAGGAGUCGCAUCAUCAUCGACACACCAGCAGACACCACAUGAUGAUAUAGAGGAGGAACCUGAAGAUGAGGAAAGUCUUUUCCCCACGGAUUUCACUCCGUAUAUGCUGCCACCAGCACCUCCCGCUACUGCAUCCGCUGCUGAGAUCAACGCUUGGUCGAUCAAGAGCCAUCAAACCAACAACUCCAUACUGCUGAAGAUGUGGAAGGGAAUCUGCAACAUUAAGAAGGGAUGCGCAUCACAGCCAGCUGUUUCUGGAGAUAGCGAUGACGACUCAGGCGCUCACGACACCGCUGCUGGACCUGAGGCAGCGGAGGACUCUGAUGAUGAUGGAGCCUUGGAGAGGCGCUCCAAGAGGCGUACUGACCGCAACGCCUGA